AUGGCAAAGGAGGAAAAGGGAGAUAGCGAUUCACUGUUUGGUCCAGGAUUCCACCAGACCAUAGCUCUGACAGGGAGAGAGAGGGCCUACACAGUCCACAACUAUGAGGUGGUUAUCCAUGCCAGUCCCUCUUCUUCUAUCAGCAACAACUCCACCUCUGGCAGCAGCAAUGUCCAGGUAUCCACCAUUACCAACCAGAGCUGGGAGCUGCCCGUCCACCCUGGAAACAUGGUGGCCUCAAACUCAAACUACAUUGCCUACGUACUGGAGGGCCGCAGUGGGUACGUGGUGCGGCUCAUCCACCGCCACACCAACAGUCGGACUCUCCUCAAGGGGUUCACUGGUCCGGUGUUGGACGUGGCGUUUUCCCCGAGUGCCGCCAGUCUGCUGGCCUGCGUGGAUCAGGGAGGAAACCUGUUUGUCUGGGACCUCAGCAAGACUGAUUCGGGUCUCUCAGACGCUAACAGUACACUGCGGCUGCAUUCAGAGAGAAGCUCCGCCCCUGACCACACCCACCACCGACUCUCGUGGUGUCCGUACGUGGCGCAGGAGGAGGGAGAAGAUGAGGAGGAGGGGUGGCUUCUGGCUGCCUCGCACGGCUGCGAGGUUGAGGUGUACAACCUGGGUCAACUUUUGCCGGCCUCUGGUUCAGGAGGAGAGAGUCCAGUGGUACUACACGGAGGAGACGAGGCUCCGGGGAGGUUCAUUAUGCCCUCCCCUCACUCCAAGCCUGUGUACGACAUGUCCAUCUCCCCCGAUGGAGGUGUUCUGGCGACCUCCUCUGAAGACGGGCACCUCAAGUUCUGGCAGAUCAACUGGGACAACGUCGUCCCUGAAACUCUCCAUGAUUUCAGUCCUCAUGGAGGAGAGGCAGUCACACGACUCAUCUUCUGCGACGACCACACAACUAGAGACGAACUGGCUCAGUACUGGAGGUUCCUAAUCACGGGAGCUAAUGGCAACAGAGAGGUGAAACUCUGGUGCACCGUCACUUGGAGAUGCCUGCAAACAUUCCAUUUCCUCCCUCCAGAAGAAGGCUCCUCAGACUCCUCCGAACCCAACAUUCUGCUCAAUCUUGACACUAGCGCCUCUUACCUCAUAGCCACUGACACCAGAAGAAUGACGCUGUAUGUGUUCCAGCUGGUAAUGGAUGGUCUGGGCGGGCAGGCCUCCUUCACCUCCAUCACCGAGUACCUCCUCACCCAACCCGUCCUCAGCUUCGUAAUUGCAGGCCAUGCCCCCUGUCCGUCGACCAACGAGGUCACGGGAGGUGGGGAGAGCGGGGAGGAGGGGGAGGGUGAGAGGGCGGAGCUAUCGGAGAGGGCCAACAGGGACAGUCGACUUGUGGCUGUUCACAUCAAACUGUUCUGCAUCCACACCAGGUCGAUGCAGGAGCUGCAGGUGAAGUUUGAGCCGCCAGACAUCAUGGGGGUCCCUCCAGACCCACUCCCCAUCCCUCUCUUCUCUGGCACCAUGUUCUUCUCUGAGACCAAGUCGACUGAGAAGCCAGCUGCCAACAGUGAACCGGUUUCUAACGGUCAGGUGGAUAGCGACGGUGGAGGGAGAGAGGGGGAGGUAGAGGAGGAGGAGGAGGAGGAAGAUGAUGGAGCCAGCAGUCCAGUUGAUAGGCUGAGUCAACCAGCCUCCCUUCCCUCCUCUUUCCACCCCAUCACCCCAGUCAGCGGAUCUGCCAUCGUAUCUGAGCCUUUCCUCUCACUUCCCAGUCUUCCUGGGAUGUCCCCGAAGCUCGUCACUCCAUCUGACUUCCUAUCAGCCGCCAAGAUCGACAUGUCUCCCUCACACAAGUCCACCUCUCCCCCUUCUCUCCUUCCUUCGUCCCCUUCCUUCCUCCCUUCCUCUCCUUCCCUCUCACCCUCCACAAACCAUCCCUCCCAACUCCCCAAUACCACCACUGUCUCCGUCUCCCCCGGCAACACGUUGACCUCCGUGACCCCUUCACUGGAGCCGUCUGAUACCACCUUUGACUCCACCCACCUCAUUGGAGAGGCUCCGCCCCUGGGAACGCCCAUGGAGUGGAUGAGAGCCCCGCCCGGGGAAGUUGAGGGAGAUGAAAACAAAGAUGACGAUGAAAAAGAGCGAUCCAUUGGCCGGGAAAGAGAGAGAGAGGAACGGGGAGGGGAGGAAGAGGAGGGAGAAGAAGAGGAGGAGAAGUUGCUGAGUGAUGUUGAGGAGCUCCAUGUUAGCCAGUUGGUUGACGAACACUUGCGCAGGCCUGCCUCCCCUGGUGACGAGGAACAAACAGAGAAAGAGAGCGCGGGCAGCGUUCAGGAGAAAUUUAGCGAGAUAUUUGGCAUGGCUGGGGCACUUGACAGCUCACUCCCUGAGGGGGGCCUGGAUUUUCAACCCCUCGACGGGUCCCCAGAGGGGGUCGGAAAUUUGAACGGGAGACCGAGCCCCCUGCGUCCCCAGCAAAUGUUCACUUCGACGGAAAAAUCGGAGAUCGUGACGAUAUCUAGAAAGGCGCUCACUCCGACGAGGGAGGAAGGGACGGAGGUCGUCAACACAACUGGAACUCCUUCCGCCGAGUUCAUGGAGCUCCUCUCGCACCAGCAGUCCUCUCGGAAGGGGUCAAAGGUCACGACCCCGCAGGGAGAGACGGGGAACGACGAGAUGAUGUCGGGGUUCUCGGCGCCUUCCUGGAUGGACAAGAUGUCCGACAACGCUGCGUCGGCGUGGCCCGACUUGGGUGCCAGCAACAUCCCGAAACUGGUUUCCCAAGACGAGGAGGAGAUUGAGACUCGCCUACUGACUCCGCCCAUGGGGCGGUGCCAGGGAACGAGGAGGGAGAGGCAGGGGGGAAGAUCGAAAUAG